CUCAAAGGUAACAGAUAGUGUUAUCAGCAGACAUAAACAUAAAGGUCGCCCUUUGAAAUAAUUCAACAUUUGUAAUCUUUUGCUCAAUACGCUUUCCGCUCUCUGGAAGCAUGAAGAAUAUCUACUUGUUCUGUGCUUGCUUCUUGAAUUUCUUGGCAAUAUUGAGUGCAUCUGGAAAUGCAAAAUGCGGUUGUUUAGAAAAGGAAAAAGCUCUUGCCUUACUCGAAACAGCUGAAAAUUUCCUCACCAAAGCUAGAGACGCUUAUCCUUCUUGCAAAAAAAGCUUAAAUUCUACUAAUCAAUGUGAAGGUGAAAAAUCCUUGGCUUACUUUGAAAUCUCAAGAAAGCUGAUUUCUGAUGUAAGAGAAAACUUCCCAACAUGUUGUAAUCCUAUUAUAGAUGACGAUGAAACUGAGAUAAAAGAUGACAAACAAGAUAAAACUCUAGAUGAGAAUCUCGGGGACUGUUCUGAAAUUUUAGCAUCUGGGCACAAUAAGAGUGGCGUCUACAAGAUAUGGCUGGGGAAGAACUUUCCAACGGGAAGAGCACUGCUAGUAUAUUGUGAUAUGGAAACAGAUGGUGGAGGGUGGACGGUAAUUCAAAGAAGAGGAAAAUUUCCAGUUCAACAAGACUUUUUUUUGUUUUGGGAAAGCUAUAACAAUGGUUUCGGCAACUUAAUUGAAGAGUUUUGGUUAGGGCUUGAAAAUAUACGUGUUUUGUGCCUGAAAGGAUGCAAAAUACGUUUCGAUCUCCAAGAUCAAAAAGGGGAGAAACGUUUCGCUGUUUAUCAGAAAUUUAACUUAUCAAGUAAUUACGCCAUUGAUAUCAGUGGGUACUCAGGAAAUGCAGGUGACGCAAUGCAAUAUCAUAAUAAUUAUCAAUUCAUCACUAAAGACAGAGGCGAAACCAGAUUUGCAAUGGACUAUCAGUCGGGAUGGUGGCAUGGAAGUUUAUACCAUAGUAACUUGAACGGUAUCUAUCAACCGGGUAAAAAUACUCCUCAAAGUGUUUACUGGUACGAAUUUCAUAGAAAUUAUGAAAAUCUAGCAAGUGUGGAAAUGAAAGUAAUACCAAAUUAAAUCAAAUUAGCAGUAUAUGAAAAACUUAUAUGUGUUGUAUUUUUGUUGACAAUUAAUAUUGUAGUAAAUUGUAGUGCAAAUCCAUAAAAAUGUGUUUUUUGCAAUACUGAUAUGAUUUUGUACUUUUGUAGACAAUUAAUAUUGUAGUAAAAUGUAUUGUGAAUCAAUAAAAAUGUGUUGUU